GCCGCCCUUUUCCCGCUGAUUAAAUGUUCACAGAUUAUCCAUGUAGACCAAAGAGAUGAGUUUUCUUUAGUAUUGAAAGAACAGCAAUGGAUUCUACAAACGACUCAUGUUUUGAGGACACUUCUUCAUACGAAAAAUGCUCUAAAAGACGACGUUUAAAUGUUGAUGUUAACAGUAAUUGCUAUCACUCUGACUUACAGAACGAUGGUUGCGAAAAUACAAGCCACGAAAAUAUCCAAAAGACAUUUAAUUAUGGGGAUGGAGUUAAACAAGAAACUUUUAAAUCUAUAAAAAGCAUAAUUCUUGAUUUAAUCUUAGCUACAAAACCACCGAAUAAAUCUAAUGAACUGAAGAUGUACUUAGAAUCAAUGCUUCUUGGAAUGCAUUCAAAAGAAAAACUAAAAAAUCUGAAAGAAUUGAAGGAUAAAUCAAGGGUCAUAACCAACGCUGAAAGGUAUAUAACAGCCAUAUUAGGUGUUUGUUCAAAAGAACAGAGAAAGGAAUUGAUGAAAGUUACAAACAAACAUCAUAAUGAUCACAUCCCAUUGUCGUUGGCUUGCAAGAUUGGAAAUCUGGAACUGGUGAAGUUUCUGGUGGAGUACUGUGAGGCUGACGUCAAUGGCAAUGAUGGCGAUAGCAAACCAAUGUUAUGGGCAAUAUCUAACCAGGAGGAAGACAUGGUUCGUUAUUUAUUGGAAUAUAAAGCUGACCCUGCAAAAAAUGUGGGGAACUGUAAUCUGUUAAUGUUUUCUAUGAAGGUCUUUUCUUAUGCACCAUGGCCAACAUUUGGUUAUGAAGAAGUUGAUGAUGAUGAUGAUGAUGAUGAAGAUGGAGAUGAUAACAAAACUGAAGAUGAUUGUGAUAAAAACAAAACUGAUGAUGAGGAUGACACCGAUGAUGAGAAGGAGGAAAAAGAGAGUUGUGAUGACAUUGAUGUUGAAAACAAGAAGAAUGAAAACAUUCCUGUACCCUUUUGUCCAAAACUUGAAAUUGUGAAAAUGUUGAUUGAUAAUGGAGCUGUUGAGAAAUGUUCUGAGAGCCAACUUUAUGACAUAUUUAAAGCUGUGCUUCCAGAAGAGAGUAGCAACUUAAUAAUAAUCAACCCAGCAGAAGAUCUGUAUGAAGCUUGUUUGCCAUUAUUACUGGCCAAAGUACCCAACAUAGCCAGUAUAAAGAAUGAUCAAGGCAUGACUUUGUUAGGUUACGAGCUUCGUCAUAAGGAUUUGAUUAGAAAAUGUAAGAUCUCAAGUCAUUUGCUACGUCACCUCGGUAAAAGUGAUGGGUCAGAUAUCAAUAAUGCCAACAUUAUCAAAUAUUAUCCUGUACGUCCGUCAGAGGACCUGUCAGAUGGCAUUGAAACAAAUAUAGAUACUGUUCUUAAGUCUUGCAGUGUUGACCAAACUACAAACAACGCAGUUUGUGCUGAUGACCGUGGUAAUUAUGGGUAUGUACAUCCAGUUGUAAUUUUAGCAAGUGCUGGGAGGAGGUUAGUACAUACGUGCCUAGGUAAACGAAAGGUUCCGUUUCAAGCCAAGUUUGACGCAUUAGAAGCUGCUGGGGCUUAUUAUGCCAAAUUUGGGUUCUAUAAAGAUUCUGUCAGAUGUUGGAAUGCUGCAGAAAAAAUAAGGCAACAGAAAGUUUCAAAUAGAACCAAAAAAAUCAUGAAAGUAGAGAGCAUUCAAAAUCCAAUUAACAUUUCACCUUGGGAAAAAGAUUUUCAAAUAAAAACUUUUAUUGCUAUGAAGUUGCUGAAUCCAUUUGAAGGUGAUUCCAACAUCAGCAUGGAGUUUGUCUACCUGGAUAUGGCUGAUAAUGCCAGGAUUACUAUCAGGUUGGUGAAAAAAUGGCAUGAAAAAUUAAUAAGAAGCGGUACUGCACCAAUCGUUAUAGUGAAUCCACCAGAAAAAUCAAUCAAAUCUCACCUCACUUGUCUCAACAGUAAUGAGUUGGACAAAAAAACAAAUACACGUUUGGCUAUUCUGUUAAAAGGUGCAUUAAUACACGAGCGACUUGUUGGAUUUGGUUCUCAUGAGACGCUAAAGGCAUUCGAAACAUUGUCCACAGAGUAUUACAAACUCAAUCAAAUUAAAGAUUUUGUUGCUGUAGUCACAUACAGCUUUCCAUGCUUUUUGAGAUAUAUAUCACAAGAGGAAACCUAUGUUGUUAGAGAUUAUACAAAGACUGAGACAUUGCAGAAGUUUAUUACUAACUUAACAACCAUUGUUUUGACAGAGACAAAAUUAAUGCAGUUAACUUUUGAUGAGCUAAUGGCAAUUGGUAAAUGUUUCUUCCUCCACUACUUAGGCACACCAAAGAAACAAAGAAUGUUUUCAGAUAUUGCACCUCUGCUCUUAGCCGUAAAAGUACUUGAUAGUUAUGACAAGAGCGAAGAGCAGAGCACAAAGUUUUCAAAGUUCAUGAAAAGAGUAGUCAGUGAUGACCUGAGGAACUGUGUUGGACAAAGUCUCUUGCAUUAUGUCACUCCUGUGGUAACUCAUAAAAAAGCAAAAGAUUUAGAGAAAGAAGUUACAGGAUCACAAAAAUUAGUUGAGAUAUUGCUACGUUCAGGAGCAGAUUCUAAUACCAUAGACAACUAUGGAAUGACACCUCUUCAUUUAGCUUACCGUGUCUUGCCUAGUGAUGGAUCAGAGAGUCAAACUGAUCAAAUGAAUAUAAUCCAAGCACUGUAUGGAGCUGGUGCUCACACUGACUGUAUAGAUGCUGCUAACCGAACACCCAUCUGGUAUUCCCAAACGUCAUCAAGUCCAUUGUGUCCCGUGGGUACAGGAUCAUUGCAAUGUCUAGCCUCUGCUGUGAUUAUAAACAGCUGUGUACAUUAUCAAGGACAUCUGUUACCUCACAUGGAGAGGAUGAUAGACUUACAUAAGAGAAGGGGGAAACGUACAUCUGAUAAUUUUACUGAAUAUUUGUUCAGUGAAUCCGAUCAAUGUUUGUACCAUGAGUCUGAUCAAAGUGGUGAAAGUGAAGGGUCUGAUUGACAUGAUCAGACAGCUUAUAGUUGUAAAUAGUUAUCAUGGUUAUGUUGUUUGUAAUUUACUAAACAGGCUAAAUGGGGUAAUAGCUCUCAAAUACUUUCAAAAUUUCAUUUAUAACAUGCUAAAACAUAUACAAGUAUUACAAAUGUCACACUCGAAACAAUAAACAGUGCAUGAAAAAGAAAAAAAAAAUAUCAACAUUUUGGGUGCAUCUCAAUUAUUAACCAUGGACAGGACCUUUGUUAUUAACUUAAAAAUACAAAUUGUGUGCUCACUUGCUACACAUUACAUUCACAUUUUAACUGUGCUUGUUUCUAAUGUUUACUUAAAUUUAAUUGGA